AUGUCGCUACCUACAACACCAAUAUUCGUCCUCACAGACGGCUGCGCCAGAGGAUUUGAGCGCCUAGAACAGAAACUGGGAUACCCGACUAUCGUCAAUGUUACCAACCCUGAUAAGAUUGUGAGAUUCAAGACCUUAACAAGUCGAUUCACUCGUUGGUCAAGAAACGCCCGAACACACUCACUUGAUCAAGAAUUGCAAGACAACAACCGUAUCAAGCUCCAGAUUAUCCGGCUUUUGAGCCAUAUCCAGAGAUUACUUCGAGAUGCCCACGCGAUCACUGUUGGGAAAAUGAUACCUUGGGAUCAGAUCGAAGACAAGGAGGACUCACAAUCAGAAGACGACGCGGAAACACUAAACGAAUUUACAACAGCAGAGAUAGGCCAGAUUCUGGCUCAUAUAGACGAUGCAAUCAGCAAUCUAUCAUAUCUCAAUCCAGCAUUAAGGGGAUCGUUGGCUGAUGCCAGAACAACCGAUGAGCCAUCGCCCUUUGAGCCCUUCGAUAUCCAACACGUUCGCUCCAUGUAUCCCGAAAUAGAUUCUGCUAUAGCAGAGCGUCUUGGCAAGGCUAUUUCAGCUCGGCGGCAACUCUUCAAGCACAAACAAGACCAACAGAGUCUCUCCUUCUACGGUGGCACACUAUUUAUACCGGAAAUGGAGCCCCUUGCGGAGCAGAUUGCCCUGGAGGACUUGACACAUAGAAACAAUGAGGCCAACGAAAUCGGCCCUGAGCUUUCCUCUGUCACAUCAUGUUCGGCUGUAGAUGAUGCACGAGCAAGUCGGGUCCCUGUCUUCCCUCAAGAAGCCACACAAGGCAAUCUAUUUCGCUGUGUGUAUUGCCAGGGCAUGGUAAAAGUACACUCCGAAGCUGCUUGGAAAAAGCAUGUGUACCAGGACUUACAACCAUAUGUCUGUCUGGAGGAAGAUUGCCUAACGCCUCGGUAUCGGGAACACCUUCGCCAGACUCAUGGUGACCAUGUAAGCGCGGCCGAGGAUGAGGAUUUAGUUCAACUUGGCACCUUCAACGAGACUGGAUUCCCCAAGGGAUCAUGCUGUCCCUUCUGCAAGCUCGAACUACAAGACAUCAAAACAUAUCAGAGUCAUGUUGGCGAGCAUCAGAGACGGCUUGCCCUCUUCGCAUUACCACUCACUUCAGAAAGUUUCGAAACGGGAACAGAUGAGGCCGGACCAUCAUCUGUGCAGGAAAAGAAGCCCCUGGGACAAGACGAUGAAUCUAGCAGGUCUAAAGACGCUCCCGACCGUCGUCGUUCGAUAGGUAUAGGAAGUCACUCGGGAAAGAACGGCUACAGUAAUCAUCCAGGAGGCCAGGAACGGAAGCGGAGACGGGUACAGUGGCAGUGGGCAUGCUGUGUUUGCGGCGAUGGCCAAAUCACAAUACAAAAAUAG